AUGAAUAUCCCGACAGUAACAGUUAGCCCUGAAGGACGAACAGUAACUCUCACCUGCUCCGGCGCUCCCCUGGGUUAUGCUGGAACAACUUCUUUUCUGGUAGAAACAAUAACAGAUCCUGUAGCAGAAACUACGACUUCAAUGUCUGCUCAACUCAAUAUGAAUAGCAGUUAUUACACGAAAAAAGUAUCUUGCAAGCUAGCUACCUUUAUGACCGUCACGUUCGCUGAAUCAGCUAAGGUCGAUUUACCUUCAGAAGAUACAGGCAUCACGGUAUCUUCGGUCUCAGCGACGGUAACUGACGCUGGUGGGAAUGUAAUAAAUUUAGACACAGAUUACCAAAUUGGAGCAGCGGAACCAACCGUCACAUGCCAGACUAGCCCAGCGCCAGAAUCUCUGGACCCUUCAAAAAACUUGAUUUACCAAUUUUUUAAUCCGUACAGUGCUACGUCAGUACAAACCGGGAACUCGAAGACUUACAAAGUGCCAACCAGUGAACCAGGUGAAUUAACGUAUACAUGCUCAGCUACGUACGGAACAAAUGCUGCAGUAACUUCGUCAGCCACCAUACGAAUAAAAGUCAAAUCUGAUUCGUUUGUUACGGCCCAUGAUUUAACAAAAGUUAGUCCAGAUGUUUUAAAUAUAGGAUCAACGCUAAUUUUGUCAUGUGGGAGGACACUGGAUGCUUCACGCACCUACACAUGGUCAUUUAAUAACCAACUCAUCGACGGUCAAGCGGACUGGAAAAUCCAACUUUACAAUUUCAUGGAGAUCGACAUUGGCUGGUACACAUGUCGUGCCACAAAAGUUGGAUUCAAGGCAGAAGAAUCGUUCAUUGUUGCAAUUAUGAAACCUUACAUCGCACGAGUUCCUGCUGGUGAUUUCUUUGGUCAAUAUGGUGUCUAUGACUUGAAGUGUAUCAUUGGCUCUAGUGAAAACACAGGAUGGACUUUCUCGUGGAAAAAAGACAAGGAUGUUACUUUGAUAGCAACCGACACCUACCCAAUAAUAAAUGCAACAUCAGCCACACAUGAUGGGACCUACACUUGCACCGCUAUAUACAAUGGCGUGUCCAGCAAUACUGAUGAGUUCUCUGUAGCUAUUGUAGGUAAGUGA